AAAACAUUACCCGGGAUACUACACCGCGCUUCCGGCGACGGAUGUGGACCCGCAAGCUCUGGGCCUAAGCGUCAUGGCAAGUCUUGUUGUUUCUCUUGAAUGAUGCGCCCAUUCAUGCGUAUGGAAAAGGCGCCUGAACUUCGCCUUGCAACAUUUUGCGUAGGCACCUAAAUCGCUUGCCGCCAGCGUCAGCCAUAACUGCCGUCUGAAGCUUAAACUUUUUAACAAGGAGGUUGACGAACAACACACCCGCUUCAUCAGCGGUCAAGGACAUAAUCGUCGAGUUCCUGGAAGCCAUGCAUGGCGUCAGAGUCAAGAAGUUUCCGCAGUACAAGGCCAAGCUGGCUGCCAUGGCUAGCCUGGACGAGGACAGCCCCAUCACCUCCCUGCCUACCAACAAGUUCAUCCGGUUCUGGGCUAGGAGGGGUGCGCAGCUCGUACUCUCCGCCCUACGAGAGUACCAGAGCGAGGGUGGUGCAGCUGUGAACGGGGAGGGCGGGGAGGGCGGGGAGGGCCAGGGCGACAGCGAGGGUGGAGGCACGGAGGUUGGCGAGGGCGAGGGUGAGGGUGGUGGGGCUGGCGGAGGCGGAGAAGACGGCGACAGCGGUGAGGGCACCAGCCCAGGCGCCAAGCUGCCACUGCGUCUAGGGGGCUUGGUCUCCAGCUUGCUCUGCAACAAGGGGCGCCUGGAACGGGGCGAGUGGAAGACGUGGCAGUACUCCGGCGGGGGCUGCAAGUGCGGCGGCUCCUGCCACGCUGCCCGGGCGUACCUCAGGUGGCCGGAUGGCCUGCCCCUGGUGUGCUAUGCCAGUGGGCACGUACACGGCACCGUCGCGAUCCACACGGCCGUGGUUGAGUGGGCGUGUAAUCACGACCCCGCCUUCAAGGCGGACUACGAGAGGGCGGUGGCCGAGCGUGAAGAAGCGGCCAAGCAGAGGAAGGAGGGUGGAAUGCAGGCGGCUGGAGCUCGGGACAUGCGGCAGGCAACUGCACGCGGAGUGACGGCUGCCAGUGAUGAGGACAACAACAUCGAGCUGGGCACAGAGGCGCCGCAGCGCGGGAACAAGCAGCCCAAGCCUGGCAGCAAGAGCCGUAGGCAGCUGACAGAUGCGGAGGCGGCGGAGGUGGUGGCCACGUACAAGGAAAAGCGGGCGGCGGGCCUGAAGAACAAGGAGGUGUGGCCAGCAAUCAAUGCCGCCCUGGGCAAGGACUGGUCCAGGAACAAGAUGGAGGCGGCGGCCAAGGCUGCAAGAAUUUGGACGCAGGACCGUCGUGGCCCCAAGAGCAAACGCAACGACGACCUGGAGGAGGAGGAUGCGCAGGACUCUGAGGGGGGUGAGUGGACCCAGCAGACGGGCGACACCUCUGGCGGGUUUGAGCAGGAGGAGGGGGGCGAGGAGGAGGCGGGGUCCGCUGGCAGGGUAGAGGCACGUCCAAGCAGCAGCGGGGGUGGGGCUGGGGGUGGUGCGGGCGGGCGCGGGGCUGGUGAGCCUGAGCGUGGCCCAGGCGAGCCAGCUGCAGUGGAGGGCGCGGCAGGGCGGCCUGCGGGCAAGAGCAGAGGAGGGCGCCGUGGGGGCGGCGGGGCCAGCGGUGGGGGUGAUGCGGGGGAGCCAGCUGCAGUGGAGGGCGCGGCAGGGCGGCCUGCGGGCAAGAGCAGAGGAGGGCGCCGUGGGGGCGGCGGGGCCAGCGGUGGGGGUGAUGCGGGCGAGCCAGCUGCAGUGGAGGGCGCGGCAGGGCAGCCUGCGGGCAAGAGCAGAGGAGGGCGCCGUGGGGGCGGCGGGGCCAGCGGUGGGGGUGAUGCGGGCGAGCCAGCUGCAGUGGAGGGCGCGGCAGGGCAGCCUGCGGGCAAAGGGCGCCGUGGGCGCGGCGGGGCCAGCAGUGGGGGUGAUGUGGGCGAGCGUGGGGCUGCUGCGCCGCACACGUCACCACGCCGGCCACGGGCUAACAGGGCGGCAAACUACAGCUCCGUAAUAGCAGCCGAACUGGGCAGGUAUGAGUGAGGGCCCGAACUGUGGAGGCUGCGUGCGCACUGAAAUGCAGAGACCGUUUAUUGUGACUUAAAGCGACUUUAGUUAUUAUGGUGACCUGGUUAUGGUGGCGUUUUUCAAAAUAGAUCCUGUGCCGGGGCUCAGUCCGGACGCGCCCGCCAGCAAGUUGGGGCAGACGGGCGGGCAGUUGAAGGCGGGCAGUUGAGGGUGGGGAGGGUGGGGGAACACUAGAUCCAAAUCCAUGAGCGCAAGAGACAAGGAAUGCUGAUUGUAUUGGUAUUGGGUAAAGGGACGUGAGAGAGACAAGGAAUGCUGAAGAUGAUGCCUUAUUAACAUCAGGGAUGGCGGUGGCAAGGCGUAGGCGAGGCGUAGGCGAGAGCAGGCGACACUUGUAAUGCAGGCGAUACGUGUAGAGCAGGCGACACUUGUAAUGCUAGAGCUCA